GAAUUUAUACAUACACUCGGUGUUCAAACACGAAGCUCUCUUUCACCUAUGCAUCAUGAUCAUGAUGAUCUUCCCACAACUCCUCGCUUCAGUUGUUGGAUUCAUUUGCUUCGCAACUCUUGCAUCUAGAGCCACUCUUCUCCCCAAUGAUGAAGUGCAAGCUUUACAGCAAAUUGCAAAUACAUUGGGAAAGACAGAUUGGAAUUUCAGUGCAAAUCCAUGCAGUGGAGAGUAUGGUUGGGCCACACCACACCCAGUAUCAGGUUCUGAGAAUUCAGUCACCUGUAACUGCUCCUUCAAUAAUAACACCCUCUGCCACAUCGUUAGCAUAGUCCUGAAAGCACAGAGUCUUCCCGGGACGCUCCCGCCGGAGUUGAUCAAGCUCCCUUACCUCCAGGAAAUUGAUCUCACUCGCAACUACCUUAACGGAAAUAUUCCCCCAGAAUGGGGUUCUAUGCAACUAGUCAACAUAUCGCUACUUGGGAACCGAUUAACGGGUUCAAUCCCAAAAGAAUUUGGAAACAUCAGCACACUCACAAAUCUAACCCUAGAGUUCAAUCAACUGUCAGGACCAAUCCCUUCAGAGCUUGGGAGUCUUCCUCGCAUACAGAAACUUGAUAGGCCCACAAUGCACAUCAUUUUGCGCGCGUACACACACACACAUAUUUGUUUGCACGACAUUACUUUAUUUUUGACUUCAAACAAUUUUACUGGGGAGCUUCCGGGAACACUGGCAAACCUAGACACUUUGAAGAGCUUUCGGAUUGGUGACAACAGCUUUACUGGAAGCAUACCCAAUUACAUCCAAAAUUGGACAAAUCUUGAAAAUUUAGUGAUUCAGGGUAGUGGUUUAGAUGGUCCAAUUCCUCCUGGCAUUGCUUUUUUGACAAAUUUGUCUGACUUGAGAAUAAGUGACUUAAAUGGAACCCAAUCAACUUUUCCACCCCUUAAUAAUUUGACAAACCUUCAAGUACUGAUUUUGAGGAGUUGCAAUAUUAUUGGACCAUUACCUGAAUAUCUUGGGCCGAUGACAAAUUUGAAAACCUUAGAUCUCAGCUUCAACAAGUUAAGUGGAGAAAUUCCAAGCAGCUUUGUCAGUCUGUCAAAAACAAACUACAUUUAUUUAACCGGGAACUUACUAAGUGGACCCGUGCCUGAUUGGAUUUUGCAAAGUGGAGAAAACAUUGAUCUUUCCUAUAACAACUUUAGCUUGUUGGGCCCAAGUUGUCAACAAAGGACUGUGAACUUAUUUGAAAGCUCUUCAACGGGUAAUACAUCUGGUAUUGUGUCCUGCUUGAGAAGCUUUCAGUGCCCACAAAAUUGGUAUUCCUUCCAUAUAAAUUGUGGUGGUAAAGAGGUAACUCUUGGUGGAAAUAUGAAAUAUGAAGCUGAUACAGAUUCAAGUGGGCCUUCAAGGUUCUUCUUAAGUGGAACUAACUGGGCAUUUAGUAGCACUGGUUACUUCUUGGAUACCAGCAGCAGCUCAGAUUCCUUUAUCUGCACAAAUACUUCAAGGCUUUCCAUGAAGGAUUCCGAUUUGUAUGUGGAUGCACGACUUUCUCCUAUAUCUCUAACUUAUUAUGGUUUUUGUCUACUAAAUGGAAGCUACACAGUAAAUCUUCACUUUGCGGAAAUCAUGUUUACUGAUGACAAAACAUAUAGCAGCCUUGGAAGGCGUAUAUUUGAUGUUUACAUUCAGGGAAAGCAAGUGCUGAAGGAUUUCAACAUUGAGAAUGAAGCAGGUGGGGUUGGUAAGGAAAUCAUAAAAAAUUUUACUGCGCUUGUGACUGAUAUGACAUUGGAGAUACGUUUCUAUUGGGCUGGGAAAGGGACAACUGCUAUCCCUACCAGAGGAGUAUAUGGUCCUCUAAUUUCGGCUAUAUCUGUGAACCCUGAUUUUGUGCCACCUUCAGAAACUAGAAAUAGUAUAUCUGUGGGUGCUGUGGUUGGGAUUGUGGCUGCAGUUGUUAUUUUUCUAAUCAUGCUUCUGGGUAUCCUUUGGUGGAGAGGUUGCCUACGACGCAAAGAUACAAUGGAACAAGGUCUAAGGGGUUUAGAUCUGAUGACUGGUUCAUUUACCUUGAGGCAAAUUAAAGCUGCCACAAACAAUUUUGAUGCUGCUAAUAAGAUUGGAGAAGGUGGUUUUGGUUAUGUUUAUAAGGGGCUUCUAUCAGAUGGCACCGUAAUUGCUGUAAAGAAACUUUCUUCCAAAUCAAAGCAAGGAAAUCGUGAGUUUGUGAAUGAAAUAGGAAUGAUUUCUGCUCUGCAACACCCUCAUCUCGUAAAGCUGUAUGGAUGUUGUAUUGAAGGAAAUGAAUUGUUGCUAAUAUACGAAUACAUGGAAAAUAAUAGCCUUGCCCGUGCCUUGUUCAGCCCAGACGAAUUCCAAUUGAACUUAGAUUGGCCAACAAGGUACAAGAUCUGCAUUGGUAUAGCUAAAGGUUUGGCUUUUCUCCAUGGAGAGUCAAGAAUUAAGAUUGUCCACAGAGACAUCAAGUCCACAAAUGUGCUGCUUGAUAAGAAUCUCAACCCUAAGAUAUCCGACUUUGGUCUGGCCAAACUUGAUGAAGAGGAUAAUACUCACAUAAGCACCAGAAUUGCUGGAACUUAUGGAUAUAUGGCUCCUGAAUAUGCAAUGCGUGGUUACUUAACUGACAAAGCAGAUGUUUACAGUUUUGGAAUUGUCGCAUUAGAAAUUGUCAGUGGGAAAAGUAACACUGGUCACAGGCCAAAGGAGGACUGUUUUUAUAUUCUUGAUUGGGCACUUGUGUUGAAGCAGAAGGGGAAUUUGAUGGAGCUAGUGGAUCCAAGGUUGGGAUCAGACUUCAACAAAAAGGAGGUUGUGGCGAUGAUUGAUGUUGCUCUCUUGUGCACUAAUGUCUCUCCCGCAGUUAGACCUAGUAUGUCUUCAGUUCUAGGCAUGCUUGAAAGCAGGACGGUCACAGAGGAGUUGGUUUCAGAUUCAAUGGUCUCAAGCGAUAAGAUGGAACCGAAGGAAAUGAUGAUUGAGCUGCAACAAAGCCAUGAAACAAACUCGAAUGACAACCAAAUUCACAGUAUGUCGAAUGACGGGCCAUGGACUGUUUCUAAAUCUGUUGAUGAUCUCUACCCACUCAUUAUGGAUUCUGGUUAUUGGGCCAACAGAGAUUAGAAAAAUGGUGCAUAUUGGCUUGACUAGUUUUCAUUUUUUAAUCUUAUCCUUACAAUCCUCUCGUUUUGAUUUUUAUUCUUCUUUAGAAAUUCCUUUACAACAGAUGACUGUAUAGUGCUUCUGAUAAACUGUACAUGUAUAAUUGUAGCAAGAUGUGCACUUCUUUAAUCUUUUGGCUAAAAGAUGAUUUCUUUUAUUUUAAAUUGAAGAACGAUUAAGAAAGUUCUAACA